UCUGAGAAGUAUCCAAAAGUCCUGCGCGAGGCGCGCCAAAAGAAAAAAAAAAAGGUACAACUCCCCACCCACUUCUCGAGCUUUUCAUUUGGACUGCACGUCCGUCUGCGCUGCACCCGCCUCCUGGACUCCUUCUAGGGCGUUAAGCGGCUUGUUGGGUGGAUCCGCGAGCAGGAGACGAAGCCCGAUGCCUAACGACGACUCAUUCAGCAAGCCCUCUACACCGUCGGAGGCCCCGCACGCUCCGGGGGCUCCGCCGCAGGGCAAAGCCGGCGGCUACAGCAAAGCGGCCGGGGCGAUGGCAGGAGCGGCCGGGGGCUCCGGCGCGGGGGGCAGCGGAGGCGCCUCGGGGUCCGGGCCGUCGGGCCUGGGCUCUGGAAGCAAGAAGUCUCCGAGGCUGCCCAAGUGCGCUCGCUGCAGGAACCACGGCUACGCGUCGCCGCUCAAGGGCCACAAGCGCUUCUGCAUGUGGCGGGACUGCCAGUGCAAGAAGUGUAGCCUGAUUGCCGAGCGACAGCGCGUGAUGGCCGCGCAGGUGGCCCUGAGAAGACAGCAGGCCCAGGAAGAGGAACUGGGCAUCAGCCACCCCAUCCCGCUGCCCAGUGCAGCUGAGCUGCUUGUCAAGAGAGAGAAUAAUGCUAGCAACCCGUGCCUGAUGGCUGAGACCAGCAGCUCCGCCCAGCCUCCACCGGCCAGUACCCCCACCGCUGCUGCUUCAGAGGGGCGCAUGGUCAUCCAGGAUAUUCCUGCUGUCUCCAGCAGAGGGCAUGCCGAGAACACACCUGACUUGGUGUCAGACCCCGCCUACUACAGCAGCUUUUACCAGCCAUCUCUGUUUCCUUACUACAACAAUCUGUACAACUACCCGCAGUACUCCAUGGCCCUGUCUGCCGAGUCCUCCUCUGGGGAUGUGGGAAAUCCCCUUGGGGGGUCCCCUGUGAAGAACAGCCUUCGGAGUCUGCCAGGACCUUAUGUGCCUGCGCAGACUGGAAACCAGUGGCAGCAGAUGAAGAGCGCAGAGAGCCGCCACCCGGUGAGCUCCCAGUACAGGAUGCACUCAUACUACGGGCCUCCCUCCUACCUGGGCCAGAGCAUGUCCCAGAUCUUCACCUUUGAGGAUGGCCCCUCCUACUCAGAAGCCAAAGCAAGCGUGUUCUCACCGCCCAGCAGUCAAGAUUCGGGCUUGGUUUCCCUCUCCAGCAGCUCUCCCAUGAGCAACGAGAGCACCAAGGGAGUUCUGGAAUGCGAGUCUGCACCUUCUGAGCCCAGCAGCUACACUGUCAACCAGGUCCUGGAAGAGGAUGACGACGAGUGAGCCGCCGGUCGGGUCGACUCGGUGUCCACAGGAUAGUAGAAGGCUUGUUAUCCACAGGGUUUGUUAUUUGUAUUUUUCCGUUUUGAAGUUUUGGUUGAUAUUCCUUAGGGUUAGGUUAAAACACUUGUUACAGUGUAGGAUUCCUGACUACCAACUGCAAGAAUUAAGUGUCUGGCUCACCAAGUUUAAUCCAUAGUUGAAUCUCUCCCCUUCCCCACUCCUGCCCCCCCCCAACUAAUUGACCAUUGGCCCAAGUUAGUCACAAUUACAUGCUACUUUUGGAGUUAAAAUGAAAUCUUAGGUGCCUUCGAAAGUUUUCAGGAUUUUAACAAAGCCAAGUACUUGACCAGAGAGAAGAGCAGGCAAGAUUUAGAAAUAUGCAGAAAGUAAAUGGGAAUGACACUGUUUCUGUGUUGCUGUUGGAAAUAGCUGUAUCACACACUCCAAAUCCAAACUCCAAAUGUAACUGAAAUACAGUGAGAGAGAACUGUUACUACUUUCCCCGAUAAAGGGUAACUUAAAAGCAAUACAACAUGAAGUAACCUGGUGAGGUAUUUCCUGGGUGGUGUUCCUAGAAUGAGUUUAAUGUGUAUAUUUUCUUUACUACAGGGGAAAAGUGGAUGCAAUCUAGAUGAUUUUGUAACCUUAGGUUGUAAUCUGAGUUGAAAAUAAGUACAUCUUUAAAAGUUACCACUGAAAUUUGAGUUCAUUAUUUUGUUAAAAAUUGCUUUUGGAGUACUUCCUUAUGUAACAGAAGCCAUCCUGAAAUGAAACUAGUCUAAAAAAUUAAUUGUGGUGUGUGGUUGCAGCUGUACCUGAAAUAAAAACGUUAUUGAUGACUGCA